CACACCUACGAGGGGAAGGACGAGGACGAGAGCGAGAGCGAGACAAAGGCAGAGCGGCGCAUUCCGGGACGCACACGCGGACAAUUGCAACGUUUACUACUCGUAGGUUGAGCGGGGAAGUGUUUGGGAAGGACUUUUUGCUUUUCCAUUCUCGUUCUCUUCAUAUCGCUGACAUUGCUGUUAAGUGCAAAAAUGAGGGAAACGAGGUGGCUGCUGUUGUUCGUCAUCUCGUCGACAAGACUGGCAGCUUUCGCAAAGGCGAAGACCGUCAAGUACCAGACCUUCGAGGAAGACGCCCCGGGCACAGCGAUCGGUAACCUGAACGAGGACGCCUCCUCCGCCUCGGCCGGCUCCCGGUCCGCUUUCCGGAUGAUGAGACAGUUCAACUCCUCUUUCGUCCGACUGAGGGAGAGCGACGGGCAGCUGAGCGUCGGGGAGAGGAUCGACCGCGAGCGCAUCUGCAAACACACCCCGCGAUGCCUCAUCUCUUUCGACGUGGUCAGUUUCUCCAAGGAGCAGUUCAAGCUCAUCCACGUCGAGGUGGAGGUCAAGGACAUCAACGACAACUCCCCGGAGUUCCCUCGCAAGGAGUCGAGCGUGGACAUCUCCGAGAACACCGCCGUGGGGACGCGCGUCCCUCUGGACUUCGCCGUGGACGAGGACGUCGGGCUGAACUACAUUCAAAGCUAUCAGAUCUCAGUUAACAGUCACUUUUCCAUCGACGUGCUGAGCAGGGCCGACGGGGUUAAAUACGCAGAGCUGGUGCUCGUGAAAGAGCUGGACCGAGAGACUCGGGCUUCUUACGCGCUGGAACUGGUCGCCGUGGACGGCGGGAACCCGUCCCGCUCCGGAAGCACGCGCGUCAACGUCAAGGUGAAAGAUUACAACGACAAUAGCCCCGUUUUUGACCGCGACAGCUUCUCCGUGGACUUGCCAGAAGACGCCCCGGUGGGCUCCCUGCUGCUGGACCUGAACGCGGAGGACCCGGACGAAGGUCUGAAUGGCGAGGUGGCGUACGGCUUCGGGAACCGGGCGCCCUCGGAGAUCCGCCAACUCUUCAAAGUGGACAGAAAGAGCGGCAGGCUCACCCUGGAAAGCCCCAUCGACUUCGAAAGUAAGAACACGUACGAGUUCGACGUCCAGGCCGCCGACUCGGGGCCGAACCCCAGCCCGGCCAUAUGCAAAAUCGUCGUUCAGGUGCAAGACGUUAACGACAACGCGCCGGAGAUCUCCAUCACGCCCAUGACGUCCAUCGCUGCGGACGUGGCCUACAUCACCGAGGCGGCGGCCGGGGAGAGUUUCGUGGCUCUGGUCAGUACUUCGGACCGAGAUUCCGGAGCCAACGGCCGAGUGCGCUGCGCCCUCUACGGGCACGAUCACUUCAGACUGCAGCAAGCCUACGAGGACAGCUUCGUGAUCGUGAGCACCGGCCCGUUAGACCGUGAAAAGAUCCCCGAGUAUAACCUGACGGUGGUGGCCGAGGACCUGGGCUCUCCUCCCUUCAGAACCGUCGCUCAGUACACCGUCCGGCUCACGGACGAGAACGACAACGCUCCGGUGUUCAGUAAGCCUGCGUACGAGGUGGCCGUGGUGGAGAACAACGCGCCCGGCGCGUACGUCGCCACGGUGGUGGCGCGGGACUUGGACACGGGGUCGAACGGAAAGGUCACCUACAAGCUCGCCGACGCCUACUUCAUGGGCUCUCCCGUUUCCACCUUUGUGUCGAUGGACCCCGCCAGCGGGUCUCUUUACGCGCUACGGAGCUUCAACUACGAGGUAACGAAGCAACUGGAACUCCGGAUCACGGCCAGCGACGGCGGCUCCCCGCCCCUGACCGGAAGCGCGAAUGUUUUCCUGAGGGUCGUGGACCAGAACGACAACGCGCCGGCCAUCACCCGUCCGCCGCUCAACAACGGCUCGGCCGAGGUCGUCCUGCCCCGGGACUCGCCGAGAGGCUACGUCGUCACGCGGGUGGAGGCCCGGGACGCAGACGAGGGCGUCAACGCUGAGCUUUCCUUCGGGCUGGCCGCCGGCGAAGCCUCCGUCUUCUCCGUCGACAAACUCACGGGGGACGUCUACCUGAACCGCUCGCUCAGCCGCGACGCGGACGACGCCUUGAGCGUCACCGUGACGGUGAGCGACAACGGCAGGCCCGCGCUCACCUCCGCCGCCACGCUGCGCUUCCUCAUCGUCGCCGGCUCCCCGCCGAGCGACCGCGCCGUGUACCGGGCGGGCGGCGCGCCGGCGCAGUGGGACCUGUCCGUGGUCGUCAUCGUCGUCUUGGCGGGGAGCUGCGCCCUCCUGCUCCUCGCCAUCAUCAUCAUCGCUACCACCUGCAAGCGCCACGGAGGAGACAAGAGCGGCGAGGACGGCGACUCCUACGGGGAGGAAGGCACGCCGGAACGGGGCGGGAAGCGCGUGGCCGCUAACCCGCUUCUCCCCGCGCGGGCGGCGGCGGCGGGCUUCGAGGGGCGCUCGUACGGCGGCCAGACCCACGACGUGUGUUCGGCCUCGGAGGACGGCGGCGAGGUCCCCUGCGUUUAUGACUCCGAACCAAACGGCAAACCGAGGGGCAACAAACACGAGGGCUACUCAACGUUGCCGGGCUACGGGAGCGCGAAGGAGGCCGUGAGGCCCGUCGCCAUCUGGAAGGGCAACUCUUACGCCACCGUCUCUGCCAGGGACCCGGCCUUCAGCGGCAAAGACAGCGGCAAGGGGGACAGCGACUUCAAUGACAGUGACAGCGAUGUGAGCGCAGACACCGCAGGCUUGAAGAAAGAUGGCGCAUCUGUUCCUCAAAAUGCGUUGUGGGCGUGCACCAGCGAGUGUAGGGUUCUGGGCCAUUCGGAUCGCUGUUGGAGCCCCUCGGCGGCGAGAGCCGACGCGGCGCCCUCGCCCGCCCCGACCGCGUCCUCCUUGCCUCGGAACAACUACUACCGAGCCCACAUCCCCAAAACGGUGGGCCUGCAGAGCGUGUACGAGAAGGUGCUGGACUACGUGACCAUCGCGCCCGCGAGGGUCCAGGAGGACUGCGGCGACGUGGCGAUCCCCGUGUACGCCGCCAGCCGCGAGGAGGCCUGAGCAAGAUUCUAUUCCAAAAGAUUUCCGUGAGGCUCCCUGGACAGCGAGAGGUGGAAAAGCUUUUUGUGCGAUUCAGUCGCUCUCAGAUUUUCUUCUUGGUUUGAACGUGAACUGUAUUAUACGCAAGCUUUGUACAUAGAGAGAUUUUAUUUUUGAUAAAAGCCAUCAUGAAGUGGAGAUCUUAAAGCAUGCUUCUAUUUCAAACCUCCCGAGUCGCGUUCGGCCGCAGGACUCCGACAUUGUAAGCCGAGUUGAUAACCGUGUAUGGAAUGCUCUCAAUGGUUUUUAUCAUCACAAAGU